UUGCCCCUUCCCGUCUAUUUUGAAGGAAGGGAAAAGCUGUUACUGUACGAAUACAUGGAACGCGGCGAUCUCCACCGUUGGCUCCACGAGCUUCCCGCCGGUCAGCCGGACGUCGAAGACUGGACUGGAGACACCUGGGAAAAUCCCCCCAGCGAUACCAGGCCAUCCUCAUCCUCCGCUGCCGCUGCCGGCGGCAUCAUCACAGCCGUCGGAGACUGGCCAACACGCCACCGCAUAGCUCUCGGCGUAGCACGAGGACUCGCUUUCCUGCACCAAGGCUGGGUUGGGUCACACACCCCCGUAGUCCACGGCCAUCUCGUCCCGUCCAAUAUUCUUAUCUCCGACGACCUCGAACCCCGCAUCGCCGACUUCGCCGGAGAAGGCGGUUGCACGACGGCUGAGGAUGACGUGUAUAGCUACGGGGUGGUGGUGAUGGAGCUGGUGACGGGGCGGCAACAUUGGCCGGAGGAAGAGGUUGAGAGGUUACGGGUGGUGGUGAGGGACGGGCCCCCGGCGGCAGUGGCGGCGGUAGUUGACGAGCGGCUGCAGUUGGAGGCGGAGUGGGAGAAGGAGGCCGUGGAGUGUUUGAAGGUUGGAUAUUUGUGCACGGCAAAGUCGCCGGAGAAACGGCCGGCGAUGCAGCAGGUGGUGGCUCUGCUAAAAGAUAUCCGCCCAGGCACCGCCGCCGAAGGCGGUGGCGGCGCGUCUCCUACGUUUUAGUUGAGUUGCUUUUUGGUCGUCCUCGCUACACUGGGUGGACGAUGUGGUCUCCUUGUCGGUCAACUAUUCCCUUCACAUUCACAUUUUGCGUUGACCGUUGGAUUUGUAGAGAAAUUACCAUCGUUCACAUUUCUAGCGUGCCUUUCCUUUUUAAAA